AUGACGACGAUCUCGGUCCCGGGAACGACGGUGCAAUGCCGCCGCCCGACCCCGGCGGUGCGGUCCGCGGGAAGAGAGCGCGUCGACCCGGCCGUUCCCGAGCGGCGGGUGGGCACUCGGAGCAGCGGAGCGCCCCGGGCUGCGGUUUUGCCUCGUCGUCGUCGAACGAGCCGAUCGCUCACGGGGGCCCGAGCGCUUCCGCCGUUCGUGGAGGAGAUCCCCGCGUUCCUGGUCAAUCCCAGCCCGGGUUUGGUGCCCGCGGCGGCGGCGAACACUGUCGUUUUCACCGGGGGGAUCAAGGUGCUGCUGAAGGGACUGACGUGGCCGGGCGUCAUCAACUCGUGGUUCCUCGGCACGACGGUGAUGGCGGCGUUCGGAGUGCGCGGGUACGCGCUCGUGUGCCUCUACUUUGUCUUUGGCAGCGCGGUGACCAAGAUCAAGCUGGAGCAGAAACAGGCCGAGGGCAUCGCCGAGGCCAGGGGCGGUCGCAGAGGCGUCGGCAGCGUCUGGGGCAGCGGCAUCGCGGGGAUCGCGUGCGCGUGCCUCGCCCUCGCCGGCGUCGGCCCCGGCGAAAACCUGUGGAGGCUCGGCUUCGUCGCCAGCUUCUGCAGCAAGUUGAGCGAUACCACCGCGAGCGAGGUGGGCAAGGCGUACGGAAAGACCACGUACAUGUCGACGCCCCCUUUCCGCAGCGUGCCCCGGGGGACGGAGGGCGCGGUGUCGCUGGAGGGGACGGUCGCGGGGAUCGGCGCGAGCCUGGGGUUCGCGGGCGUGGCGGCGGCGGCGGGCCAGGUGGAUCUGACCGGAGCGUUGAUCGCGACGUUAGCCGCGUUCGUCGCGACCACGGCGGAGUCGUGGCUCGGCGCGACGACGCAGGGCGAGGCCGGGUUCGAGUGGCUGACGAACGACGUCGUCAACGCGGUUCAGAUCACGCUCGCGGCGGCGGUGGCGGUGGCGCUGGGCGCGGCGGUGGGGUGCGGGUGA